AUGAACGUGGAAGUACAAUGGAAGAAGUUGGUCAAGCCGUCGGUACCGACGCCAAACAACCGGCAAAAAUUGAAGCUCUCAUCAGUGGAUGAGAUUCAAAUGCCAAAUUAUACGGGCAUUAUCUUCUCCUAUAGAGAUAAUGCUGAGAAUCACGGAGUUGAUAUUCCUCAGAGGCUUGGCCAAAUGGAGGAGUCACUGUUCAAAACCCCACAGCUCUUUUAUCCUAUGGCACGGAGAUAUGUCGAGGACGAUGGCUGUUUCAUCGAGUGCAAUGACCCUGGAGUCGAGUUCAUCCACGCCAAAGUGGAUGGCCAAAUGGACAAGCUUCUCCAUGGAGACCCCGACAUGGAUUUGCUUGAUCAUUUGUCGACAUUCCCGACCAAUGUGGUGGGCAAUUCGUUAGUCGCGAUUCAAGUGAAAACGUUCGAGUGUGGUAGAUUAGUGAUUGGCCUGCGCUUUACACGCAAGAUUGGCGACAUCUCCACCAUGGCCAUGUUCAUUCAUUCGUGGGCAGCCGCUUGCCGAGGUACCAUAGACAUGGCAAUUUGUCCGAGUUUCGAGUUGUCAUCUCUAUUCCAUAUGAAAGAGGCGGCAGUUCCAAAUUGGCCUCCACCACGGACUAUUGGCACAAAGGAAUUCGUCAUGACUAGGUUAAGUUUUAGCAGUAAUGCUAUUUUGAAGCUGAAAGCCCCAGCUACAGAUGAUGCAAAGGAUCUGAUGGCCAACGAUUCCAAGACUUCGAGGGUGGAUGUUGUUUCGGCGCUAAUAAGUAGGGCUCUCGUCGAUAUUGAUCGAAAUAAACACGGCGACCAAAGGAAUUUUAUGAUUUGUAUGACUGUUAACUUGCGUGAGAAAUCAAUCUAG